CACACAUCGUGCUGAAAAGUUGACAUGUCGUUCAGGUUCUUUAUCCUCCUACUGUGCCUUUCUAUGACACUUCAAGAAGAUGACAGAUUAAAUGUGACCACUUUUCUGCAGUACCACUUGGAUGAUACUGACUCAGUUAGUGUCAUAUGUCAGCAUGAUGGAAGGGAAAGCUGGAAUGUUGGAGCAAGUCUGAAGGAUGGGAAGGAUAGAGUUUGUGACAAAUGUACAAAGUCUAUAAUGGGCAACCAGGUGAAGUUCACCUUUAAGAAUCUAAGUUCUGACGAAAAAGACCUUUACUAUCAAUGUCAUGUUUACCGACGGGACCCAAUUCCGGUUAUCACUACAUUUGGGGAGAAAAUUAAGCUGUUCCCAGGUUUUAAAGAGUGCAGUUGUCCACAUAUCUCACAUGACAGCCUGACAACAUCUGGCCCUGCUCGUCCCUGUCCUGAGAUUCUCGGCCUUUCUCACCCUCUCACCUGGGCUCUGAUUGGUCUGGUGUUUGUGCUGUGCCUCUUUAGCCUGUGUAUUACUGCUGUCUACAUCAAGCUGAAGGUCAAAAGGUCUGAAGAGAUAUCUGAUACACUGACUUAUGUUCCAAUGCAGGUCAAACCCAAGAAAGUGAAACGCUACAAUGCAGACAAGAAUGCAGAAUACAUGGAUAUGCGUAAAGUGCACCCUCAGACAGGAUCCAGCAGAGACAUGAACUACAACUGUUGUCCUGUUCCUACUGGCUUCACCGUCUGAUCCACUGUCCUUUUCAUAAAGCCUCAAGUGCUUAUAGCGAGUAAACUGCAGCCUUUGUUGCACUCACCUUCACAAGGACAAACAACUAAAAGCAGUUCAGUCCACACCAGAAGAGAUACAGUCGUGUGAGAAAGUUUGGGCACCCCUGGAUGUUUUGAAAAUAAAUGAACAUCGUCUACAGAGAAUAUAUAUUUAAAUAUAGAGUUACUAUUUAUCUGCUCAAUGUAAUUGGCAUAAAAAAAAACAUAAAAUGCAGAGUGUGCAAAACGUAUAGGGCAUUUUAGAUGUGCAGUGUGUUUUUCCCAAAAUAUUUAAGGCAAAGCAAGUACAAAUUGUGCACUCAAAUGUGACAAAAAUGCCAUAUUUGAGUUUCCUGUAGAGGAUGUGUUCACCUCGAAAGUCAACAAAACAUAAUUUUCUUCGAACUUUUGCACUGUAAAUACAUUGACAAAGCAGCUGAACUGCUGUAAAGCUCAAAGUUGAAAUGUUAAGACAACUGUUUUUUUCUAUCUUUUUUUUUUUUUUUGCUUUUAAGCUACACGUACACUGCUAUACUUUAUUAUUGAAAUUUUAUCACUGUAUUUGUUAUGCUAAUGUUUUAUAUUCGCUUGGGCAUCAUCAGUUUAGUUAUGAUUUACUCCAGAUUGCCCAAUGAAAAUAUCAUCGCUGUCCAAGACAAAAAUUCCUUUACCAUAAAAGUCUUGAAAGAACCAAUAGAAAUGUUACAAAAUUACUUGAAAUGACAGCACCUUUCCAUUACAUCACCCGCAUUUUCUUUGUUUUGGAUUUUUUUUCUAUAUGUUAUACUGUUUAUAUCUUUAUAAGAGUGGUUGUCUAUUGUACAUAUAGAGCUAAAACAGUUGAUGUUUAAAAAAUAGCAACAGCAAUAAUGACAAUAGUUGAAAGAAUAUUGGUUUUAGAAUAUCCGUUCUUCUUUAUGUCAUGAGUUAUUUUUGGUUUAUCAGCAGAUAUUUCAUUCUCUGUAAAUGUAUGUAUCUAAUUUGUUUAAACUAAACUGUCUAACACGGAAA